UAACAAAGAGAGAGUAAUUAUAGAAAAAAAGAGAGUAUCGAAGGAAAGAAAGAAAAAAGAAGCAAAUCUCGAUGAUCAUAUGGAGAUGCUUGAUUCCGUGUGCUUUUGUAGGAAUUCUUCAAUUACAUUCGCUCAAUCCUCUUCCCCUCUUCCUCAAAUCUUUUCUCUUCCUCAACCCAUUCCUCAAUGGCCUCAAGGACAAGGUUUUGCCUCAGGAGUUGUAAAUCUUGGUGAAAUAGAAGUUUCCAAGGUCACAAGGUUUGAGUUCAUUUGGAGCACUGCUAUACUAAACCCGAAAAAAGCUGUUAUAUUCUACAAGCCUGUAGGAAUACCUCACACUUUCCAUAUCCUUGGUCACUAUUGUCAACCUAGUGACAAACCUUUACGAGGUUUUGUACUUGUCGCAAAGGAAACAAGAAUUCAUUUUUCCGAAACUAACGUGGAAAAGCUACCUGCUCUGAGGAAUCCCCUUGAUUUUGAGUUAGUUUGGAGUUCAAAUGCGCCUGCCAGUCUGGAAAUUUCAAGUGGGUGCGGUUACUUCUGGCUACCCGAACCUCCUGAAGGUUACAAAGCCGUUGGCUACUUAGUUACAGACAAACCUGAAAAGCCUAAGUUGGAUGAAAUGUGUUGUGUUCGUGCCGAUCUUACUGACAAAUGUGAACCUUACCAUGUAAAAUUUGCUGUUGCUUCUAAAAUUCCAGAGUUAUCAUUUCAGCUAUCGAGCUCGAGACCUUGUGACCGUGGCAUGCUAGGGAAAGGUGUUUGUGUUGGGACUUUUCUCUGCAGUAGUGGUUUGAGCAAUGGAGAAGAGAACCCUAUUGCAUGCUUGAAGAACUUAAAUGCUGCGCUACAAUCAAUGCCUAAUUUGCAACAAAUUCAUGGACUUAUUAACCAUUAUGGCCCUACUGUUUUCUUUCACCCUGAGGAAAUUUACUUGCCAUCUUCUGUUGAUUGGUUUUUCAGCAAUGGAGCCCUUUUGUGCAGAAAGGGUAUGUGUACAGGAGAGGGAAUCGAUGCAACUGGCUCAAAUCUACCAUCUGGAGGAUCAAAUGAUGGCCAAUUUUGGAUAGAAUUGCCGAGUGAUGAUCGAAGGGAUUUUAUCAAACGCGGGGAUUUAAAUAGUGCAAAGCUUUAUGUUCAUGUGAAGCCGGCUCUUGGUGGGACUUUUACAGACAUUGCAAUGUGGAUAUUUUGCCCUUUCAACGGACCAGCCACUUUGAAAGUUGGAAUAAAAAAUAUACCUUUGAGCAAGAUUGGAGAGCAUGUUGGUGACUGGGAGCAUUUCACACUUCGUAUAUGUAACUUUGCCGGAGAGCUCUAUAGCAUAUACUUCUCACAACACAGUGGCGGUGAAUGGAUGGACACAUGUGACUUGGAUUAUAUUGAUGGAAAUAAAGCCAUUGUUUACUCGUCAAAAAGUGGACAUGCAAGUUACCCUCGUCCUGGAACGUACAUCCAAGGAUCUUCAAAACUAGGGCUUGGCAUUAGGAACGAUGCUGUUCGUAGUAAUUUGUACGUGGACUCCAGUAUCCAUUAUGAAGUUGUUGCAGCUGAAUAUCUAGAAAAUGUUGUCGCUGAGCCUAAUUGGUUGCAGUUUAUGAGAAAGUGGGGUCCCAAAAUUAUUUAUGAUUCAAAAACUGAGUUGGAUAAGGUUAUCAAUGCACUUCCGCGCAUGCUUCAGUAUUCAAUGAGAGACUUGAUUAACAAGUUACCGGUGGAGCUCUAUGGCGAGGAAGGUCCUACUGGGCCAAAAGAGAAAAAUAAUUGGAUACAUGAUGAGAGAUGGUGAGAUAGGUGUUUGGCUGAUGAUUUAUGCACUAAUGAUGGAAUAGUUGCAAAUGUCUCACAAUUGGAUUGAAAUGAAUGAGAAUUCUUACACUCACUGCUACUUUCUAGUAUUCAACUUGUUUUGCAGAUCCAAAUUUGUUUAGCAUAAGAUUUUACAGCUAUCAUCCUUGAUAAAUUAUGCUAGCAUGGAAUCAUGUCAAAGAUUCAUAUUCCUUACACCAGAUAGAAUUGUAAGGCCCUGCACAGUUUCUUCGGCAUAUACUGCAAAAGCAACUCAAGUCAUUAGUCAGGUCACAGUUUGAUUAUUUCCUCAGCAAAUUGGGCACUUGGAAUUUUAAUGUGCCAACUUGAGGGGGGGCAUUAAGAUAAAUAUUGAUAAAUAUGUUUAUAAAAAUUGUAAUCUGCAUGUUUAUAGAUUGAUAGAUGAGGAAAUCUCAGACAUAUAUAUCUUAGACUGAUUGAUAGACAUUAGCUAUUGUAGGAAAUUUUUUAGGAGUAACAUUAGAAGUAUAUUCUUGAGUAAUUGUAGGGGGUAGAAGCUUAUUCUUUUGAUUUUAUUCUUGUAUAUAUAUUCAGAUCAUAUCAAUGAAAAAGUUUGACAGA